AAACCAAAGAGAAAAAAUUGAAACAGUUCUCUUUUCCUUUCAUUCGCUUGCAGAUCGAGACGGAGAGAGAGUGCCCGGUAGCUUCUCCGCGCACCUAAUUGCUUCUGUGCAAUUUCCAAUUGGAUCCCCUAUUUCUCAGCUCAAAGCUUCCACCGUUUGGUAUCCGAUUAGGGUCUUUGGUUUUGGCGAAGCCUUGGUGAAAUGAAUUUUCUGCUGCGGCCUACACAACACAUAGUUGUAGAACCAACUCCUGUUCCUGAAACUCCUGCAGAGAUACCAUAUGUAACAAAGCCUUCAGCUACUUUGGAAGGCCUUAUAGCUGAAGACCCAUUCCCGCAGUAUUCCAGAGUAGAUGAUUCUGAUGGAGUUCCAGGUGAGAAUGGCGGCACUGGUCCAAGUGCUAAGAGCGAUACGUCAAUGAUGGAGAGCCACUCAGAUGUCUCUGAAGAAGAAGGAUGGAUUACAAUUCCAUAUAGAAAACUCCCUGAUAACUGGAAUGAUGCACAAGAUAUCAAUUCACUGCGACCUCUGGACCGCUCUUUUGUAUUUCCUGGCGAACAACUUCAUAUUCUAGCAUGCUUGUCAGCAUGUAAGCGGGAAACAGAAAUUAUCACUCCGUUCAAAGUUGCGGCAGUGAUGAGUAGAAAUGGCAUGAGAAACUUCCCUGAGAAAGAAAAUGGAAACGUGGAGGGUGGAACAGAUAGGGUGUCCAUAGAAGGGGAAGUGAGUCCUGAUGAUCAAGUUAUAGAUAAGAGUGUCGAAAAUUUGGCAAAAAAGAAGAUUGAUCCACAAAAGGAUGUUACAGCUAGUGAAUCACUCCUUAGAAUGGAAGAUCACAAAAGACAGACUGAAAGGUUACUCAAAAAGUUUAAAAACUCCCAUUUCUUUGUCCGGAUUGCAGAGUCUGAUGAGCAGCUUUGGUCAAAGAAAAGUGCUUCUAAGACAGCUCCAGAUUCUGGCGAGUUAGAUGAUCAAAAGUCCAAAAGCAAUGAAAGUAAAAACUCUUCAAAAGAUAGAUCACGUCUCAAUGCAGUUAUUGAUAGAGGAAAUUUUGAUGCCAAUAUUUCUGGUGGAGUGGCUAGAAAUACUGUCAAGUGUUAUGCUCUUUGUAAUGGAGACAUAGCGGUCUUAAUACAAGUAAAUGUUAGUGUUGAUUCUCUGAAAGAUCCUGUUAUCGAGAUUCUUCAAUUUGAGAAAUAUAGGGACAGAAAUCUGUCUUCUGGGGACCAGAACAACUUCAAGCAUGCAAGUCAGGAUCCUUGUGGAGAACUGUUAAAAUGGUUGCUUCCAUUGGAUAACACUCUUCCUCCUCCAACUCGUUCUUUAUCUCCCCCUCCUGUAAGUUCUACUUCAGGAAUUGGUACCACAUCACAGAGGUCCGCGUUCUCUGCCUCUUCUGGCUCUCAACUCUUUUCUUUUGGCCAUUUUAGAAGUUACUCCAUGUCAUCACUUCCCCCAAAUACUCCUCAGCCUUCUGGACCUGUCAAAGCCCAAAGUUCUAAGCCAUCAUUUGACCUUGAAGAGUGGGAUCAUCACUCAUCUUACAAGCUUUUGAAAGGCCAAAGAACUGGCAAUGAGGAGCUUUUAUCUUUCCGUAGUGUAUCACUGGAGCGAGAAAGAUUUUCGGUCCGUUGUGGAUUGGAAGGCAUCUAUAUUCCAGGAAGAAGAUGGAGAAGGAAAAUUGAAAUAAUUCAACCUGUUGAAAUUCAUUCUUUUGCUGCUGACUGUAAUACAGCUGAUUUUCUUUGUGUUCAGAUAAAGAAUGUUUCUCCGGCACAUACACCUGAUAUUGUUAUUUACAUAGAUGCUAUAACGCUUGUUUUCGAGGAGGCUGCAAAAGGUGGUCCACCUUCUUCAUUGCCAAUUGCUUGUGUUGAAGCUGGAAAUGAUCACAGUUUGCCAAAUCUAGCCCUGAGGAGAGGUGAGGAGCACUCUUUUAUCCUAAAGCCUGCAUCUUCUAUGAAGAAUUUUAAGGCUUUGAGUGAAAAAACUCCUCAAUCAUCCAGUUUGCGUCUUGCCUCCACCACGACUGUUGACAGAAAGGAGACUGCUUCAACUGGUGAUCUGUAUGCAAUUAUGGUAUCAUGCCGGUGCAACUAUACUGAGUCAAGAUUAUUUUUUAAGCAACGGACAAGUUGGAGACCUCGGAUCUCAAGGGAUCUUAUGAUCUCUGUUGCAUCUGAAAUGUCAGGAAAGUCUUCUGGGCCUCAUGGAAGAGUCACUCAACUCCCGGUUCAGGUAUUAACUCUUCAGGCUUCAAAUUUGACCUCUGAGGAUCUGACAUUGACAGUUCUUGCACCAGCAUCAUUUACGUCACCUCCUUCAGUAGUAUCCUUGAACUCGUCACCUUCAUCACCAAUGAGUCCAUUUGUUGGGUUCUCUGAGUUUACAGAAAGAGUGAGUAGUGAGAGACGUGGUUCUGCAAUUCAAAGGUUGAGUUCUGCUCCUGUUGCAUCAGAGAAGAACAAAGAGAAAGGUGAUGGUGGAGCUCGUUCCAUUUCUUUUAAUGAGCAAUCAUCUUCUGUAUCUGAUGUAAUUCCAACUAGUGGUCUGGGUUGUACCCAUCUUUGGCUACAGAGUCGAGUUCCACUCGGAUGUGUUCCUUCUCAAUCCACGGCAACCAUCAAGCUUGAGCUCCUUCCAUUGACUGAUGGCAUAAUUACUCUUGAUACUUUACAGAUUGACGUUAAAGAGAAAGGUCUCACAUAUAUUCCCGAGCACUCACUGAAGAUAAAUGCAACAUCGAGCAUUUCCACUGGGAUUAUUUAAGCGAAGAGCAUACUUUGUUUAGUCUUUCAACACUUCAAGAACGUGAGAAUGAUACCGUAUCCAUCAUUUAGCUUCUUGUGCCAUUCUAUGCCUGUAUGCUACACCAAGGUAGUCUCUUCUCGACUCUUGAUUGGAAUGAGGAUCAUCGAUUUUGUUUUGAAGUGGAAGAUAUCAUUAUUGUAAACCAUCACCUUGAUUCCGCCAUUUGUUAUACCAUUUGAUGAGAAAGGAUACGUUCUUCGUAGAUGAAGCUGCUCAUCAACUUACGUGUAUUGUAUUUCACACUCUGCAACAUCAGAGAAAUCCGGAGAGCCCUUGUAAUUAAUAGGGAAACUCAGUUCCUUCCAUGAUUCAUCUGAUUUUUUUGGUUUUUUCUUUUUGUUUCUGAAUCACCGAACCUGUUGUCUGCCUGUUCCCCGAUUGAGUUCUCUUGGUACAUAGGUUUACAGCCUCAGGCAUCGGCCUGUAAAGAAAGCAAACUACAGUUACGGACAGGGUAGGGGGAUGUCAUGGGCCUUCGUUUAUAACUUGUGCGGGGAAAUUUGUGGUCUGCCUAAGUAGUAAGACAUAUGAAAUCAAGCUUGUAAGUUAGACAAA